AUGGAGUUCGAGGGGCAGCUAGACGACGUCACAGAAGAGGAGUAUCGCAAGCUCGUGAGAAAGAUCGACUGGCAUAUUUUGCCCUUGAUGCUUCUCACCUAUGCCAUCCAAUUCGCCGACAAGACUUCGCUAGGUUCAUCUGCCAUUCUGGGAAUCAAGACCGAUCUCAAUUUGACCACGGCGCGAUACAACAACUGCUCUAGCUUCUUUUACAUUACGUAUCUUGCCUGUGCAUGGCCCAACUCCCUUCUGCUGCAGCGCUUCAAUACUGGAUGGGUAUUGACGGCAGCUACGGCUAGCUGGGCCACCUUGCUGCUGUGCACAAUGGCCUGCAGCUCUUACGGAGGUUUCUUGACGACGAGGCUCCUAUUGGGAGCUACGGAAGGACUUGUCACACCUGGCUUCCUGCUGCUCACCAGUGCAUUCUAUCGCCAUGAGGAGCAGGCGACGCGGGUCGGUCUUUGGUUCCUCAUGAAUGGUGCAGCAACCGUGUUCAGCGCAAUGGUAGCUUACGGCGCUCAGUACAUCACAAUCGGCGAUUGGUCUCCAUGGAGGCCGUUCUUCCUAAUCUUGGGCCUGAUUGGCUGCCUCAACACUGCGCUCUGGCUCUGGGUCAUGCCUUCCACUCCAGCUACAGCUAGGUGGCUCACGAGGAGGGAGAAGGCUAUGGCUCUCAAGCGAGUAGCGUGCAAUCAAGAUGGCUCGAAGAAUGUACACUUCAAGUGGGAGCACGUCAGGGAAGCUGCUCUAGACCCGAGGAUCUGGCUCAUGUUCGUGUUCUCCAUUCUACAGAACAUUCCGAACAGCUUGACCCAGCAGCGUAGCAUCAUCAUCGAGCAAUUCGGCUUCACACGGCUGCAGACUUCGCUUCUGAACAUCCCGACUGGAGUGCUGGAGAUGAUUACUAUCCCUACCGCCACCUGGGCUGCUCGACGGUGGAAGACAAUUCACGUCAUGACCUUCUGGACUAUCCCAGCAAUAGUCGGCGCCUCGAUGUUGCUCGGUCUUAGUCAGGAACACAAGGUGGCUAGACUCGUUGCCAUCUACUUCUUCCUCAGCACAGCCUCCUUCGUGCUUGGCAUGAGCUGGAACUCGUCCUGCUCGGCUGGGUCCACCAAGAAGAUGUUCAGCAACGCCUUGUUCUUGAUCGGUUACUGCGUAGGCAACAUUGCUGGCCCUCUCAUGUGGAAGGCCGAGUACUCGCCCGUCAAUACAGUUCCCUGGAGCAUCAUCCUAGCCACCCUCAUCCUCGCUAUCCCCACAUCGUAUGCAGCGUGGUACAUAGCAGUCUACCGCAACAAGCGCAAGGAAGAGGCUCAAGCCGGUCACAGGAGCGCCCACGAGGUAGAGGUCAAGGUGCAGGAGGGCGGCAAGGGCAGCGAGAAGGGCGUCGAGAGGCACCACUUGGAUUCGGCCUUCUUGGACCUGACCGACAAGCAGAAUCCCAACUUCAGAUACCCCGUUUGA